CUGGCUGCAACAAUCACAAUCCAGCUCACGUUUCCGGUCUUUUAGCAGCCUUUAGCACUUUCCUUUGGCCUAGCCAGAUUCGCUACCCGUCACCUUUCACAAUGAACACCUUCGCAGUAUUUGCUAUGUUCGCGGUCGUUGCCGUUGCCGCUGCUUCGGCCGUCGAAUCAUCAGGAAAUACCGUCAUCCGUCCCGGUUGCCUUCCCGUGAUGUGCAACCUGUGGUGCGAAUUUGGUUACCAAACCGAUAGCAACGGUUGCGAUAUGUGCAGCUGCAAAAACCGGCCCACCGUCGUCCCUCCGCCACACACUUGCUCGCCAAUGAGCUGCAGAAUGUUCUGCGAAUUUGGUUACGAAACCGAUAGCUACGGUUGUGAUAUGUGCAGGUGCAAACAGGCGCCCACCAUUGUGCCUCCUCCACACACUUGCUCGCCAGUGACCUGCAGAAUGUUCUGCCCAACUGGUUUCCGACGUGAUGCUUUUGGUUGUGAAGUCUGCGCUUGCAAUCCCAUGCGCCCUAUCUGCAAACCCGUCACCUGCAUGAUCGCAUGUCCUCAUGGUUUCGCCCUGGACGCGGCAACUGGCUGCCCGCACUGCUCGUGCAAUCUGGCGCCUGUACGCCCCACUCCAGUCAAUUAAAAAAAUUGUUGUUAUUUAAGAUCUACGAAAUCCUUCUCUACUGUUAUGCGAAUCUGAGCGACCGGUGAAGUUUUUAAAACAAACCCAAAAGAAAAAUGCGCCUUUAAAAAAAGUUUACGUGCGAAUGAUGGCGCUGACAAAGAAAUGAACACCAGAAAUGAAAUAAAGAACAUCGAAUGGAAUAA